UUCAGUGAUGACCUAGAUCGCAGACCACGUGGCAGAGAACGAAGGCGGUCUCCAAGUUUCAAUGAUUACGACAGACCACGUAGACAUAGAACACAACCUGACAGAGGCAGGAAUCUUCGACGAAGAGAAAGAACACCAAGAAACAGAACGCCACCCCGUAGAGAAAGGACACCUCCGCGCAGGGAAAGAACACCACCGCAAAGAGAACCGUCGCCAAUUUUUAGAGAUAGCACUCCGCCUCGUAGAGAAAGAACUCCACCUCGUAGGGAAAGGACACCACCGAGGGAAAGGACACCGCCUAGGAGAGAACAAACUCCGCCCAGGCAACAGGCUAAACGUCAACAGGAAUACUCACCGGAAAGUACCCCUGCACCUCAAUACCGUCCACCAUCGGAAAAUAAUCCCUGGAAGUCUAAGCCCAGGAGGCAGUCUCCAGUAUCUGAUACUGAAGAUGAGCGCUAGAUAUUUGUUUUGAAAUUUCAAGCACUUGAAAACGAUACAAGUAUAUGCUUUUAUGUAGACUUGAACGAUUAAUUUUGUUUUCUCUAGUUGCGAUUUCUUGUUACAUUUUGUAAUUUAAAAGUAUUUGUGUGUUUUCAUUACCAUACUUACUCCUUGCAUAUAGUUACAAGACGUCUUUUCCGAUGUAGUUUGGCUCCAGCUAUACCUAUGGCUUGAAGGCAAACAUCUGCAAUGUGUCAUCAUAUUAUUCGAUCGGGGAAAAUUGUACUUUU